AUGCUGCGUGUGGAUUUGGAAGACUUUGAAGAGAACACAGCUUAUGCUGAGUAUAACACGUUUGAUGUCAAGAGAAACACUAGUUCCUCUCUCCCUCAUGAUCGGCCAGUCACCACUAGAGAUCAUGAUAAUGGUCAUCACAGAAACGUUCAAAGGAGCCUGGUGGUACAGCGCGUGUCAUGCGUCAAAUCUGAAUGGAUGAGCAAUGGCUCUGUGGAUCAACAAAUCAAAGCAACACAAUCACCUUCAUGUAAUCCUGGCUCUGCAGGUUACAUAUUCAACACAGAAGCUCAUCCAAUUGAUAUUGGAGAAAUUCAUUGUUGCUCACCUUUAAUACUGACAUAUAUACCUGAAGAAUUAUUUAGAACUAGAGAUAUGCUAAUAGAAAACUCCCAAGAACUGAAUUAUGAAAGUAAUGAGGAUUUGAAUGAUGAAGAAGAUGUGGAGAAGACUUUCACCGCUGCUUACACUUGGAAGAGAUUUGAGGGUUUUUCUGGAACCAGCUGGAAAAAAAGGUCCCUUAUUAGUCUUUACUUUAAUAGCCCAUUAAAAAAGCUAAGGAAAUCAGAAUGGGCAUGGGUCAAAAGAAACUGCGCAGAAAUCUACAAGUCCGCAGGUAAACCAACUGACGGUAUGUACACCAUUAAACCUGAUAAUUUGCCUGCUUUUGAUGUAUUUUGUGACCAAGCAACAGCCGGUGGUGGUUGGACAGUGUUCCAGAAAAGACUUAACGGCUCGGUUGAUUUCUACCGCUCCUGGAACGACUACAAACAUGGCUUUGGUGACCUGAAAAGUGAAUUUUGGUUGGGACUGGACAAGAUUCAACGGCUGACCUCAGAUAAUAACAGCAUGCUGCGUGUGGACUUAGAGGACUUUGAAGGGAACACUCGAUAUGCUGAGUAUAACUUGUUUGGUGUUAUGAGUGAGAAAGACAAGUACAAGCUGCUCCUUGGUUCUUAUUCAGGAAAUUCUAGUGACUCUCUUGCUAGGCAACGCGGUUGGCCGUUCACCACUAAAGAUCAAGAUAAUGACAAUGAGGGAGAAUACAACUGCGCCAUUAAGUUCAAAGGAGCCUGGUGGUACGAGCAUUGUCACUACUCAAAUCUCAAUGGUUUAUAUCUUCGUGGCCAGCACUCCUCCUUUGCUGAUGGAGUGAACUGGUUUCACUGGAAAGGAUAUCAUUACUCUCUAAAGAGAACCGAGAUGAAAAUAAGACCAGUGGAUUUUUGAACUGUCAUAAUUAUGGCACAACAAUGAUACAGCACCAACUUUAACAAAAGACACCAGUGUCUCGAUCAAGUCUAUUUAGCAUUUAAUAAUCACUCUUAAAUUGGAGCUUAGCGAAAUGCUGUUCAGGUUUUUCUUGCUUCUUUGUGCGUGUUUUUUAAAAUAGGAAUAGCUGAUUCUGUAAAAUUGGCCAGUUAAUCGAUGAUAAUAAUAAUCAUAAUAGUAAUAAUGACUUGAUCUAUAUAACGGUACAUGCAAAAAGCUCCUUAUCAUAGUUGGAAAUUGACAGUGAAUCAUAAGUAGCUCAGAAAAAAUGCGUCUUCAAUCUUUCUUCAAAAAACAGAAACUGAUAGACUCAGUUUAAGGUUUAUGGGUGAGACAUUCUAUAGCCUGGAGGCAGCGGCUGCAAAGACCCUGUCUCCAUAAAAUAUUAGGUGGGUCUGAGGUAUUCUCAAGAGUUAUGCUCGAAUCUCAAUGGCUUGUAUCAUCAUGGCCAUCACGCCUCCUAUGCUCCUACAAUCUCGGUUAUACAAGUUUUGAUUCUUUAAAUUUUUUACUCGUCUUUCACUUAACGGAACACAAAGCGAUCACACAGCCUUCAUUUUUCAAAGUCAAUAUCAAGAAUAAACCUAGUCGCUGAUUCAGUUCUAGUUCCCUUUGAUUUCUAUAACGAAACUCCAAACAAUUACCCAAUGUUUUGACUCUGAAGAACGCUAUCAGAAAAACAAAUAUUUCAAGUUCUAGUGUACACUGGAAUGCAGUAACGUAAUGUCGAUGAUUCUAAAUUGCUUCAUAUAUUGCUUUUAUUUGUAUUUCCUUAGCUUUUGUUAAAGUAAAUACCUUGCACUGCUAUUGAUAAACAUAUUGCAAUUUAAGUACACAUUGUCACGCCCAAGGUCCAUUUUGUAGAUACGGCUCAUCAGGUGAUUAUGUUACAAAGUGAGUUUGUAGAAAUAACAAAUGUAAGGAUGAGUAGGUGAAACAUGUUUUGUUUUA